AUGGAUUAUAGAGAUAUUUUAUUUUUCCUGAUACUGUUUUUAAUAUUUCUGGGGUUCUUUCUUAACCUCUUCAUUGUGAUAACGAACUUUGCUUGGUAUCUAAAAGGUGAAGCUCUUCAAUCUGUUGACAUUAUCAUGACCUGCCUGUCGUCAAUAAGGAUCAUACUUUUAAUCAGAUAUCUCUUAGGAUAUCUUGUCAAUUCACCCUUGACCACUAUAGUUGUUGACUUGGAUACUUAUAGAUAUCUAAAUCUAGCAUUGAUGUUCUUGGUCUUCUGCAGCCUGUGGUGGGGCACUGCCCUUGGAGUUUUCUACUGUGUGAAGAUCACCACCUACAGAAACCAUUUAUUCAUGAGGCUCAAAAUGAACAUCUCAACCACGGUGCCCUGGAUUCUUACUGGGUCCAUGGUCAUUUCUUUUAUCUCCAGUCUGCCAUGUCUAUGGGGCACACAUCCAACAAACUUUACCAGCAUUGACAGUGGAAACAUCAGCAAUAAUGAAUAUAGUCAUAGUGAUCACAUAUCAUACAUCCAAAAACAACAAUUGAAUUUAUUGAUCAUCACCUUUGCAGGAUCCAUCCUACCGCUCCUUCUAUUUUGUGUUUCAAUUUAUCUCCUUAUUGUGUCAGUCCUAAAACACACAAGGAACAUGAACAGCAACAAUUCGGGAUUUGCUAAGCCUCAACUGGAAGCCCAUAAAAAGGCUCUAAUAACUAUGGUCUCAUUUUUGCUCCUUUACUUCCUUUACUUUCUAAGCUCAAACUUGUUGUUUCUGAGCUUUUACACGAGAAAUCCAAUCUUUCGUUCCCUGUGUUCUAUAGGUGUGUACUCCUACCCAAGCCUCCACUCUUUAAUGUUAAUAAUCAGCAAUGCAAAACUUAAGAGAUCCAUUCUCUCGGCUUUUCAGUCAGAUGUGUUUUCUAACAGGAUAUCUUAG